CAGGUGCUCGAGUGUUCACUGCGGUGACGGCUGAGAUUCACGCCGACGCUCCAGUGUUUUUCUCCGGCGGCCAUCUUAGUCCUCUGAAGCCACCGGAAGUGCGCGAUAAGCUGAAGCUGCAAAGUGCGUCACAGCGCGGAGCAGCGGUCCAGCUCGGAUAGUUCGGCGCUGACCUCCUUCCACUCGGACCUCGGCUUCCAAUCAUGGUGAAGAUCGCUUUCAACUCGGCCGUGGCGCAGAAGGCGCUGGGCAAAGAGGGCGGCGGCGGCGGCGGCGGCGCGGCGGCGGAGAAGGACCCCGAGCUGGCCUCUGACCCGGCGGGCUCGGACGGCUCCACGGGACGCUGCUUGGUCACCCUGCUGGGCAUCGCCUUCAUCCUGAGCGGGCUCAUCGUGGGGGGCGCGUGUCUCUAUCGCUAUUUCACCCCCAAGAGGCUGUAUCACGGGGCCAUGCAGUUUGGCGACAUGUCUGCCGGAGCGGAGAACCAGCCCUACUAUCUGCCUCGCGUGGAGGAGGAGGUGGAGAUCUCCGACAGCAUGGCGGUCAUCAGCGUCCCUCCUCCCCGCUUCAGACCGGGAGACCCCGCCUACAUCCUUCACGACUUCAACAGGAAGCUGACGGCUUACCUGGACCUGACUCUGCGCACCUGCUUCGUCAUCCCUCUGAACACGUCCGUGGUGCUGCCCCCUCAGGACCUCAUCGACCUCUUCUCCCAGCUGAUGUCUGGUUCCUACCGCAGCUACCUGGUGCACGAGGACCUGGUGGUGACCGAGCGCAUCGAGGACAUCAAGCCGCUGGGCUUCUACAUCCGCCGUCUGUGUGAGGGGAAGAAAACCUACCGGAUGCAGCGGCGUGCCAGCCUGCCAGGGGGCGGCAUCCACAAGCGCGCGGCCGAGGAUUGCUUCACCAUCCAUCACUUCGAAAACAAGUUCAUCACAGAGACCAAGAUCUGCCACGCUUGAAGUUGCAGCCUGUUAGCCUCCUCAUUGAUGCAGCUGGAGCCGGGGCAUCACUCAGAAGGGAUCGUUGGCCACGCGCCGGUCUCCACACUUCUCUCUAGUUCGACUUCAUCUUACCAUGGUGUGAUACUUCUUGCACUUUCACAUCCUUUUGUUCUUGACAAGUCUUGUACUAGUGUCCUGUAUCCAUUCCUGGUAGUGACAUGUUUAGGUUCUAGCUUCCUCCCGGCUGACUGAUCACAGUGUUUGUACGCCGCCUCAUCAUCUCCUGCAGAUUAAAAUCUACUAUAUGUUAUAGUGAAAUAGCACAAUUAAGCCUGACGUGUGUGAAGCAGGGCUGAUGUCUGGGCUGCGCGAGACAGCCCUAGUGUUCACCGAGCGUUACCAACCCCUCUUUGUGUUGUUUGUGAGUAUCUUGAGCGAGACCUGACUUUCUUGUCUCAUUUUUAAAGCUGUUUCAUUUCAAGUUCAGAAAGGUGUCUUUCCCCAGAAUGUGAUUCUCCUUGGAUUAAGAUAAUCCAAAAUAAUUCCCAGAUAUUAUGCACUGAAAGACAAUCGCGUUGUUUUUUUUAUCUAACAAAAGUGUAUUUCAAUUUUGAAGUUGAGGGAUAUGGAUUUAUUUUUACAGGUUUUCCAAUAUGGUCUGUGAAUAUUUGUACUCGCUGGAGGAGAAUCUAAACCAGACACUCUGAGAACAGAAAGCAUGUUCCACUUUCCAGUCUUCUGCACGUUGUUGCAGUUCAUCCAAUCUUGUGGGAAAUCUAUUCACUUCUGAGGUCAGUUCCAUUUCCCAGAACCAGGAAGUAGAUACAGUUGAAGCAGCUUCCCUGGAUGAUCAACGUAGUUGCCGUUUCAUCAGACAGACUCGAGAACUCAGUGUUGUAUAUUGACCUGAAUCUUGUUAAAUAAACUGGUUUGUUCUCCCA